GUUCUACAAAAAUCAAAUUGAUAAAAAUAUUUUAUCUUAUUAAAUAAACAAUCAAAAAGUACAAAUAAAAAUUUUUUUACAUUGUGAAAAAUAUUGUAAUUCUUUUAACAAGUAUAAACCCACUAUUGGGUCAGGUGAGAGGACAGAGGAUCCAAAAGCCCACUGGUUGGCGGUUCAAAACCGCAGGACGAUCUCACCUCCAUCGGCUUCUAUGCGAACAGAUUGUUGAAAUCGAAGACUUCUUUGUUGUUGAAGACUGAAGAGAAAGAGCAUUAGUAAAACAAAUUUUUUUUAUUGACUACAAAUGGACAAAAAAACCAGGCUAUUCGAGGGGGCAUAGAAAAAGAAAAUGACUUCUUUUGCUUAUUCUUUGAGUGUGACUUCGCCUAUCUUCUUCAACACAUACAAGUAUUGCUCAGUUCCAUUCACAAGAACUGGUCAAGGAAGAAGAUUAAGGGCACCCGUGCCAAGACCAAAAUCCAGACUAUUGGUUUGGGCUGUCCAAGAGAACCAAGGGCCUAGACGGUUAGUUGACAUCAUUCGUGUUCUGCCAGGUGUUUCUAGGAAUUACUUUAGGAGUCCUUCUCGAAGGGCACUUUUUGGGGGCAUAGCUUUGCUGGGAGGGUUUUACGUGGCCCAGACGAUCUCACUCUCAUUUGGAGCUUUAGGGGUCAACGACGUGGUUGCUGCUGUGGUUUGUGUUUUGAUCACCGAGUAUGUGACCAGGUUCUAUUAUACUCAGCCUAAGCUCACUUUUCCCGUUGCCCUUUUGAACAAUUUUAAGAUGGGGUUUACGUACGGUCUCUUCAUCGACGCUUUCAAACUCGCCAGUUAGUUUUCAUUGUGCAUUGAUGUGUGGCCUUUUCUCUCUUUUCCAAUUUUCACAUUUUGGAUACUAUGAUGAUUGUUUGAUACUCACUCCUGUCCGGAUUUAGUUGCUGCCUUUUUUAAAAAAUCAUUUUUUUUUGUAGAAACGAGUUUUACAAAUCUUUCAAACGAGUUUGUCGAUUAUUUAUGUCAACAAUGUUAGCUUUUUCGUCUAACAUGCUAUGUUUAGCUUUUGAAUAAAUUUUAAAACGUCAA